AUGUCUAAUCGUCCACUGGGUCCCGUUGUCACAUUGCCUCCAGCCAAAUUACCCUCUGAAGAUACCCUCAUCGGCCAUACAGUUGCUCUGACCAAACUAGCCACAAGCCACGCCGCUCAGCUAUUCCCUCUAAUCGGGGGUGACGAUGAAAGAACAAUCGCCCUCUGGGACUACAUGUCCGAUGGUCCAUUCAGCAACUUGGAGACUUUCCAAGAAGCAAUCAAAGCCAAAUCGACAUCUUCGGACCCGUUCUAUUUUGCGGUCAUAGACCUCCGCUCGGAAGGCCAGACCCCCACGGAGAGACAGGCGGUCGGCUACCUCUCUUUAAUGAACAUCGUCCCUCAGCACCUCAGCAUUGAGGUUGGGAAUGUAUUGUUCUCUCCGACACUGCAGCGGACGACCGUCGCUACCGAGGCAUUCUACCUUCUUCUCAAGUACGCAUUUGAAGAUUUGGGUUUUCGCCGAAUUGAGUGGGAAUGUAACGCACUGAAUGCGCCUUCCAGACGUGCUGCGUCGAGAUUGGGAUUUACCUUUGAGGGGACCUUCCGGCAGCAUAUGGUGAUCAAAGGGAGGAAUAGAGAUACGGCAUGGUUCUCGAUGCUGCGUGAUGAGUGGGAGCAGGGUAUCAAGGGGGCUAUGGAGGAGUGGCUGCAAGAGAGCAACUUUGACGAAAACGGCAGGCAGAAGAAGGGUCUUGAUGAGUUGCGGCUGAUGAGGCAAUCCGCAACUCAGAACUAG